AUGUCAUCAAGAAACCAACACGUUCUUGAGGCGGAUCCCAACAGCGAAGUUCGUUUCAAUAUGCAAGAACCACCUAGCAAUAAUGGGCUCUUGCGACCACCUAGCAAUUCGUUCGUUGACAAUGCACGCGACAGAUCUGCAUCCUUUGCAUCUACAUUACCAGGGCUACAUGUACCGUCGACCGCAACUACAGAAGUUGAAAAGGAGAGUGAAGCGUACGAUGAUGUCCCACUUUCAGAAGCUCUAAGCCCAGAUGCUCGAUACGCUAAUGACUUUGUUGUCAAAAACAACAAAUUCGCUUUUUCACCGGGACAACUGAACAAGAUGAUAAAUCCAAAAUCUUUGGCAGCAUUCGCGGCGCUGGGUGGUCCCGAAGGGCUGGUCCAUGGUCUUCGAUCGGAUUUGAAUAUUGGACUUUCACUGGAUGAGACCAGUCUCCAAGGUCGUGUCACAGUUGAGGGUGUCUCGCAUCAGUCUUUUGAUGACAUGUCAAAUCGUGAUGCUCCAGCAUCUCGAGCGGACGUGCCGUAUUGUGAUCGAAUACGGGUGUUUGGGAAGAACAAGCUGCCUGAUCAGAGAACCAUCGGUUUCUUUAAGCUCUUUUGGGUCGCUUAUAAAGACAAAAUCAUCAUUUUACUGACUAUAGCUGCCGUAGUGUCACUGGCUCUCGGCGUCUAUGAGGCACUCAGUGGAGGCCCAAAAGUUAGCUGGAUAGAAGGUGUUGCGAUCUGUGUUGCGAUCCUUAUUGUCACCGUUGUCACGGCCGCAAACGACUUGCAAAAGGAAAAACAGUUUGCAAAAUUGAAUAGACGGAAAGAUGAUAGACAAGUCAUAGUCGUCAGGUCAGGAAGAGAACACCUGAUACACACUACUGAUGUCCUGGUUGGCGACAUAAUGCACAUUGAACCGGGCGACUCUCCCGCCGCAGAUGGUAUAUUGAUCUCUGGACACGGCAUCAAAUGCGACGAAUCCUCUGCAACGGGCGAGUCAGAUCAAAUGAAAAAGAUGCCCGGGCAAGAGGUUUUGCGGAUGAUCAAAGAUGGCACGGCCACACGAAAAUUAGACCCCUUUAUCAUCUCUGGAAGUAGGGUCCUUGAAGGUGUCGGAACUUACUUGGUCACCAGUGUUGGCACUUUCUCUUCUCAUGGACGGAUCAUGGCAUCGAUGCAGAUGGCAGAUGAGCCGACUCCUUUGCAAGUCAAGCUAGGAAGACUAGCAGACUGGAUUGGGUGGCUGGGCAUGAGCGCCGCUACUAUCCUUUUUCUCGUUCUCUUUAUUCGUUUCCUUACUCAGUUGCCUGAUAACCCGGCGAGUCCUGCUGAAAAGGGCCAGGAAUUUAUGGAUAUCCUUAUUGUUGCCGUGACGGUCAUUGUUGUUGCCAUUCCAGCUAAUCAAGGACAUUCAGAGGGCCUUCCUCUUGCGGUAACCCUUGCUUUGGCCUUCGCUACUACGCGAAUGGUCAAGGAGAAUAACCUUGUACGCGUUCUCCGAGCUUGUGAAACCAUGGGGAAUGCUACUGUCAUUUGCAGUGAUAAGACAGGGACCUUGACUCAGAAUAAAAUGACUGUCGUUGCAGCUUCCUGGUCCUUCAAUAUCGGGUCCGCUGAAAACACUCUUGAUCCGGAGAAAUGCACAUCGCCAGACGAUGUAUUGGGGGGGAUUAAGGGGUUGUCUAAAGCGUCCAAAGGUCUGAUUAUCAAAAGCAUUGCUCUAAACUCGACAGCCUUCGAAGAAGAGAAAAAUGGCAAGAGAGAAUUCGUCGGCAGCAAAACCGAAGUCGCAAUGUUGCAGCUUGCCAAAGACCACCUGGGCAUGGACACAAGAGAAGAGCGGGCCAAUGCCGAAAUCGUGCAAAUUUUCCCCUUUGAAUCUUCGAGGAAAUGCAUGGGAGUCGUAUACCAUGAACCAUCAUCUGCCGGCUAUCGAUUUCUUGUCAAGGGCGCCGCUGAGGUGUUGCUCAAGUGUGCCACGACGACGGUAAGGAAGGUAGCCGAGACAUCGAUUACUACGAAUUCUAUGACUGAUGAUCAGCGUCAAUGUAUUCAUGAAUGUAUCAAUGUUUAUGCGGAGCGAUCACUUCGCACAAUUGGUAUGGUCUACAAAGACUUUUGCUGCUGGCCGCCUCCGGUGAGCCACCAGGCCAUGAAAGACGACUCCUCCGAACCAGACUUUGAAAGUCUUCUGAGAGACAUGACCUGGAUCGGUGUUGUGGGAAUCCAAGACCCAUUACGACCCGAGGUACCCGAUGCCAUCAAAAAGUGCAACAGUGCCGGCGUGCAAGUCAAAAUGGUCAGCGGCGAUAAUCUCAAAACCGCAACCGCAAUUGCAACAGCUUGCGGUAUCCUAACGGAUGGCGUUGUCCUGGAGGGACCCAAGUUCCGCCAGCUUUCUCACACGGAACUAGACGAAGUAGCUCCUCGGCUCCAGGUUCUUGCGCGCUCUUCCCCGGAUGACAAGCGUGUGCUUGUGGAGCAUCUGAAGGGUCUCGGUGAGACUGUAGCUGUGACAGGCGAUGGUACUAAUGAUGGGCCGGCUUUGAAGACUGCUGACGUCGGCUUCUCUAUGGGGAUUGCUGGUACCGAAGUAGCUAAGGAAGCUAGUGCUAUCAUUCUGUUAGACGAUAACUUCAAGUCUAUCAUCACGGCCCUUGCAUGGGGUCGGGCUGUCAAUGAUGCUGUGUCGAAGUUUUUGCAGUUUCAAAUCACGGUAAAUAUUACUGCUGUCAUACUUACGGCUGUGUCAGCUAUCCAUAAUGGCUCAAAUGAAAGCGUUUUGACUGCUGUACAACUGCUAUGGGUGAAUCUUAUCAUGGAUACUUUUGCUGCAUUGGCUUUGGCCACCGAUGGACCCAGCGAGAAUAUACUCCAGAGGAAACCCGUACCCAAGAGCGCACCUUUGUUUACGAUUAACAUGUGGAAAAUGAUCAUCGGACAAUCCAUCUACAAACUUGUAGUCACCUUGACUCUCUAUUUUGCCGGACACGACAUUCUCCAAAAUAUUCUCGGCGAAGAGCAAAGCCAGCUACAACUAGACACGAUCAUCUUCAACACAUUUGUCUGGAUGCAAAUAUUCAACGAAUUGAACUGUCGUCGCCUAGACAAUCAUCUCAAUAUAUUUGAGGGCAUAGCCAAGAACUAUUGGUUUAUUGGCAUCAACUGCGUCAUCGUCGGUGGUCAAAUCUUGAUUAUCUUUGUCGGUGGCGUGGCUAUUGGCGUUGUGCCGCUGAAUGCCGUUCAGUGGGCUGUCUGCUUGUUGUGUGCGGUGGUUACCCUGCCAGUGGGUGUGCUCUUGCGAUUUCUUCCGGAUGAGUACUUUGCAGUUGUCUUUAAUUUCACUGUUGAUGGGUUUACCCUGUUUGUACGACCUAUCGUGAAGGCUUUCAAGGUGAUUGCCAAGUCUUUCAAAGCCAUGAUACGAGACCUUCCCAGGAAGUCUAAGUCAAGCGCUGAUGGGCUUGUCUGA